CAAGGUACAUAUAGUAGUGUGUUUCGAGCUCGUGAAGUUGAAACUGGGAAGCUAUUUGCUUUGAAAAAAGUGCGUUUUGACAAUUUUCAACCUGAGAGUAUUAGGUUUAUGGCAAGAGAAAUAACCAUCCUUCGAAGGCUUGACCACCCAAACAUCAUGAAAUUGGAGGGCAUAAUCACUUCUCGCCUAUCAAACAGCAUAUACCUCGUAUUUGAAUACAUGGAACAUGAUCUUGCUGGCCUAGUAUCACGUCCUGAGAUAGUAUUCACCGAAUCACAGAUAAAAUGUUACAUGAGGCAACUUUUAAGUGGACUCGAGCAUUGUCAUAUGCGUGGUGUUAUGCACAGAGACAUCAAAGUAUCAAAUAUCUUAUUAAACAAUGAAGGUGUUCUCAAGAUAGGAGAUUUUGGAUUAGCAAAUACAAUUAGUACAAGUAACAAAAAUCCUUUGACAAGUCGUGUCGUGACUUUGUGGUAUCGUCCUCCUGAGCUAUUGAUGGGAUCGACUAGCUAUGGAGUGUCAGUAGAUCUAUGGAGUGUUGGUUGUGUAUUUGCAGAACUUUUUCUUGGGAAGCCUAUCCUUAAAGGAAGAACUGAGGUUGAACAAUUGCACAAAAUUUUUAAGUUGUGUGGUUCUCCACCUGAGGAGUUCUGGAAAAAGACCAAACUUCCUCAUGCAACCAUGUUUAAGCCUCAAACAAAUUAUGAAAGCUCUCUUCGAGAAAGAUGUGCAGAUUUUCCUGAAAGUGCUAUAGACCUACUUGAGACUUUAUUAUCCAUCGAUGCAAGCAACCGAGGAACUUCCUCGUCUGCCUUAAUGUCUGAGUACUUUAACACUAAGCCAUACGCUUGUAACCCAUCAAAUCUCCCAAGAUACCCACCAAGCAAAGAAAUGGAUGUAAAAGUUCAAGAAGAUUCAUCCAGGAAAAAAAUCGAAGGUAAAGUGAGAGAGGUUGCAACAUCAAGAAGACAACCAAGACGAGCCACUAAACUUUUGCAUGAUCCAAACAAUUUUGGUAAAUCAAGUUCAAAAGAGAACAUGCAAAACACUUCUCAAAAUGGGCAUAAAGAUGAUGGUAAAACACAUCUUACAAAAGGAAGAGGAGGAGGGAUGUACAAAGAUCAUGCAAAGCCUGCCAUGGAUACCAUGUCUGAGACCUCCCAAAUGAUGAAUGUUGUUAAUGGUAAUGGAUACAGUGUGCCAAUACAAGUCUCAGGAUCUACGAAUGAUUAUACAUGGGUCAAAAGAAGAAAACAAGAUGCAUCAUCAACUCUAUCUGAUGGAUCAAAAAGCAAAAUUAGUGCACUAGAUACCAACUUUGCCAAAGGAACAUAUGAUUUAUCUAACCAAAGGGUUUCCAUGGAUUUUGAUCCUGCUGAAUUGGUGAAUGCUCAGAUGACAAUCUCUAGAUGA